UCGCAUGCUGGCUGGUUGAAGUUGAUGAGCGAUCACGAGCCGAGUUGCAGCAUAAUCCGCGAGAUCAGUGGCGCUUAUCAGUUGCGUGCGCUGCUCGGAUACGGAACGUCUGGAAGCCGACCCGGUCUGGCAUUCUAUUCCGGCUGCGGUCCGCAGCAGUUGGUUCUCGUCGGACGGAUAUACCCAGUUUCCUGAGCCGUCUCCAAAAAAGAAACCUUCACCAUGGCCGAAGUCACAGCCCGCACAGUGCUCUGGUACAUGACGUUCAUGGGUUUCAUUGUGAACUACAUGAUCCGGAUCAAUCUGAACAUCACCAUUGUGGACAUGAUUGUGGGCCACGGUGCACCAGCUGCUGCUAAUGCUUCCCUGGCGAACUCCUCUGCAUUGGCUGCUCUUCCGGAGAUCACAGAGAGAUCAUUCUCGCUGGAGCGCUGGUUUUUGGACUGGGCAAAUAUUCCGUACGAGAAGGAGGGCUUCCAGUGGACUGGGAAGCAGCAGGGUGCACUGCUCGGAUCCUUUUUCUGGGCUCACUGGACCCUGCAGAUUCCUGGUGGGAUCUUGGCCACCAAGUAUGGCACCAAGUUGAUUUUCGGCUGGGCCAAUGGCAUUGGUGUCUUUUGUUGCUUUUUGAUACCGAUUGUCUCCUACUGGAGUUAUACGGGAUUGAUAGCUCUUCGUGUCUUCCAGGGCUGGAUAACGGGUCUGGCCUGGCCAUCGAUGCACGUUCUCACUGCCAAAUGGAUCCCACCCAACGAGAGAAGCAAGUUCGUGAGCGCAUACUUGGGUAGCUCGGUUGGCGUGGCUUUGUUUUAUCCGAUCUUUGGUUACAUCAUCGACUGGACCAGCUGGGAGUGGGUGUACUAUAUCUGCGGCAUAGUGGGCACUCUCUGGUUUAUUGCCUGGCAGUAUCUUGUUUUCGACAGUCCUGCCGAGCAUCCUCGCAUUGCUGAUUCCGAGAGGCGUUACAUCGAAAAGUCCUUGGGAGCUUCCGUUCAGAAUUCCAGUCCUGGUCCUACCCCCUGGAAGGAGAUUGCCACUUCGCUCCCGGUAUGGUGCAAUGUGGUGGCUCAGUGGGGCGGUAUCUGGGGUCUCUUUACUUUGAUGACCCACGCACCGACCUAUUUCAGACUCAUCCAUCACUGGAACAUCCGAGCGACGGGAUUCUUGUCGGGAUUGCCACAUCUUAUGAGGAUGCUCUUCGCCUAUGUCUUCUCCAUGUUUGCCGACUAUCUGCUCCGUACGGAUCGCCUGAGUCGCACAAAUGUCCGGAAACUGGCCACCUUCACGUGCUGUGGUGUCAAGGGUCUGGUUGUCUUGGCUUUGGCUUACUUUGGUUACAAUGCCACUGCUGCCAUCGUGCUGGUGACUGUGGCCACCAUGUUCCAUGGCGCCGUGUCCUCGGGACCUUUGGCUUCCAUGGUGGAUCUGUCGCCUAAUUAUGCCGGCAUUGUCCUGGGUGUGAGUGGCAUGAUUGGGGGUCUGCCUGGUUUCAUUUCCCCCUUGAUUGUGGGGCAGCUUACUAAUGACAAUCAAACAAUGGAGGCCUGGAAGAAUGUCUUCCUGAUAAGCUCCGCCAUGUUAACCUGCAGUGGAAUCAUCUACGUGCUCUUCUCUGAGUCCACAUUACAGCCCUGGAACAGUGGCUGCCACCAACUGCCCGAUCCUGGACUCAAGGAGCUUCAAAACUUGGGAGCCACUAAGGAAGAUGAGGAGGAAAAGAAACCUUUGAACCCUGAAACCUCUAUCGACGAGGUCGACAAGGAGACCAAAACAAAAUCUGAGGGCAAUGCAUAGUGACAAGGGGCUGCGUCACUCCACUUUAUUGGCAUAAUGCCGUGUUAGUUAUGGCACCUACUAGCCGACCAACGUCUGAUAUGGCUUAUCGUCUUAUAUUUUUGGGUAAAUAAUUGCCAGCGGCUUGUGCGAGUUUAGCAACUCCAACCUCUAGAUUUAAGUGUCUUGUUUACCUUUUAAAAUGUACGAUUAGGGCUCUUCCUCUCCCCGAGAUUCAAUGUUUGUCCAGUGUGUGCUUUUAGUCAAAUAUAAUAUAAAA